GAUGAUUGGUGAAUAGGAAAAAUAAAAAGGAUCCAUUAAUAACCUCUGAAUGGUACAGAAGUAGAUUCCUCUCUUCGAUUGUCCUUGGAUCCUAAAGUUCUCUUGUUAAUUUAACUACUUAUCUUAAUGUAAUUUCUAUUAACUGGAACUUAUUAUCAUCUUAGCUACUCAUCUGCUAUUUAAAACAGGACUGACACGAAAAUCAACAGAAAAUGAAUGAUGCAAAGACUGGAAUGUAGUAGUCAUUAGAUUUAUCUACAAUAAUUCAAGGAAAUAAAUUUUAGCUUGAAAUUAACUAAAAAAAGUAUUUGAAAAGAAUUAUUGAAUUUCGUGAUAGAUCUGUAAAAAUAAAUUUUAAAUUGAAAUACACAAUUUACAUUCUAUGGCCACGUGACAUUUGCGUUCAAAACAUGACGUAAAUUAUUUUGGAUGGUAUUAGAUUAAUAACAAAAAUAAAUGAAAUAUAAAACUACUCCCUUAAUAAAAAUACUUAGCAACUGAUAAAACCUACAAGGGCAAUUGUAUACACACAACUAAACCGUCCAACGUAGUAUUUUUUGGCAAGUCAUGUUUUCUUGGCUAUUUAUUCCAAAGUGUAGAUUGUAUUUCUGAACGUACAUUUUUGAUAUUAACCAAUCCAAGCAAAGCGUCAGAAUGACGUUUAAAUAGCAACCAAUCAUAGAAGUUUAGCAUUUUUGGCGGCAUAAUCAUUUUAGUUUGCUCAUCGCAAAAAUUUUUGGAGUUUACUUUUUCAUUGAUAUUAUAAAUUGAGUCUCAUAAUAUUUUUAUAAGUAUAAAUAUGGAAAUAUCACGCAAAUCCUGCCGUCUCUGUCUAUCUGAAACCGAAUUCAAUGUUUCAUUGUUUGGAAAUUACUGUCGUAGAACGAAUAUGAUCGAGAAGAUCCUUGUUUGCUUGAAGUUGGUUAUCGAAGAUAGCGAUACGUUGGACACAAUUUGCUACAAAUGCGCCGAAAGCGUCGAGAGGUAUUACGAUUUUGUCGCUCGCGUAAAGAAAUGCCAGACGCGGUACAAAGACACCUGCCACGAGCAUGAGCCACGGCAGCGCAGCAUGGAGCUCUCUCCGACUCAUGUCAAGCGACACGUGACGUCCUACGUGAGAGAGCAAGUUUACGACGCGGAUUACACGUUUUCAUUCCUUGAAAUGCCGAACAACGACGAAAAGAAAGAGUCUAAGGUAUCUAGUCCGUUCUUUUCUUAUUUCUCCCCGCCGAACGUGCUGGCGAAGCAGCCUUGCGUCGAGCCGAUGUGGAAGACGCCUAAGCCCCGCGAGAGCUCCCCAAAGAAGGAAUUAUUGAACGAAAAUAGGUAUAAAAGACCGUACAAACCUGAGAAAAGGUCGCGGCACCACUCCAGAGACCUCUUCGAGUCUCAGUCGCAGGACGUGGAGGAGCCCGAACCCAAGUCCCUCGACUGGAAACUGACCCCCGACGACAACCUAAUCAAACGAGUCAGGGAAAAAUGCUUUGGACGGUCCGAUUUCUAACAUUAUUUCAAUGUGAUUAUAUUAUUUAUUUACAAUAAGUAAUAAUAAUGAUGUUACAUUACGUUGUAAGAUUAAUUUAUUCAAUGUUAUUGUGUAAUAAUUUAAAUAUUGAUGUUCGUGUAAUUUCUAUGGAAUUCUGUAGGAACAGGGUACUUAGAGAAAUUGGUUUGUAAAUCAUUUUUGAUGCAGUAGGUCUUCAUAGGACGCCCGUUGUGUAUGCUGACGGUGAUACAUUACUGAAUUGAACUAAUUGUAUGUUAUUGUUAAGAAUAUGCCUGCGAAUGUUUUGUUUUGUUUGUAAUUUGUAUUUAAAGUCUAGUCUACGUUUUUUUAAUGUCAAAGUCCAUCUUAACAUCCUUCCAUCAACUUAAGUUUCUCUAUUUUCAAAUAAAGACGAUGUUAUUUUUUAAAAGCUUUUAAUAUUAAUUGUAAUAGAACUAGUUAAUGUACUCUGAGUACGUUAUUUAAUUAAAUAAAGUGUGUAUUGUCAUAAGGAAGGUCAUGAAUGAAUAUAAUUUAAUUGUUUGGACUUAUCCGCCGUUCAAAUUAUUCGUCAGGCGCUAAAAAGUUCUGGUUUGUUAAUGUUACGAUAUUUUAUUAAUAAUUUUAUUUUUGGGAAAGAUCUUAUGCGUUUAAAAAUAAUUUGUGUGUUUACACAUGAAAAUAGCACUGGUUUAAUUUUAAAUAAGUUCCUAUUUUGAAUAUUGUUUUUUUGCGCACAAAACAUGUGAAUUUGUUUUCGAUAAGUAACAAGCCCUGCCCGAAUAAAAAUAAUUUAGAUAUAGACUCCUCCAUAGCUGGUAAUUAUGGAAUUAUAGCUUUGCUACGGGUUUAUAAUAGCGUGUGUUAAUUUUCAGUUGUUAUAUCAAAUGAACACCUAAAUAAACUUUUAAAAAUGA